GAACCGGACUCACUAUUAACCGUUUAUGCCAGCCGGGAGAUUUUCUAAAAGAAGGGACAACCGAAAGCCUUAAGUGCUGCUUAUGUGAAGAUAAACAUCACGAAAGAUGUCUGUGUACAACACACGCAAAGGACGAGGCAACCCCAAGGAUGUGGAAGAGAGCAGUGAGAAUGUAGGAGGCAGUAAAAUCCAGCCAAUGAAGCAAGACCUGUUGGUUUGGAAGAAUAAAGCAGAACUGUUAGAAAGCAAGGUGAAGGAGCUGGAAGCACAUAAUGAUGAGCUUCGGCAGCAACUGGAGCAUCUCAGUGCACAAGGAGAUAAUCAGUAUAAACCCAAGAGCCUGGAGGAUUCAACUGAGAGUCUGGAGGACUCGAGUGAUGAUUCAUCCUCUUCUGAUGAGGAAGACUCAAGUGGGAAAGACUCGCACAAGAAAAAGAAGAGAACCAAGAUGAAGAAAAUGAAAUUCAAGAGGAAAAAGGAUAAGCAUAAAAGAAAGGAAAAGAACAGGAAUAAAUGAGCAAACAACAUUGAUGAUGUGGUGAAGCGUUAUCAGAGGCUGCUGAAACACACCAAAAAGGGACUAACCAUGACAAGAGCCUUCCAAAAGGAAAAAGUGUCCCGAAAUGC